AUGGGUGAGGGGAUUUCUCUGUUCGUUGAUGGUUUGGAGGAUAGAGCUAGCUAUAGCCAAGUUCGCAGGCUGUUCGAAAGAUAUGGUAAAUUGAGAAGUGUUUCUAGAACCAGAAGAGUGGGAAGAUCAUCCAAGUUUGGAUUUGUUCAUUUCUGGAGUAAGAAGGAAGGGGUGGAGGCAAUGAGGGCAUUAGAUCGGAAGAGGUGGUAUAGGUCCUUUCUUGUGAUCAAUCCGGCAAGAUACCCAAGGAGAUCCAACAACAGAAACAAAGGCCCUCAGAAGGUAGAGAAUGUUACCAGGAGACGAAAAGGGAAACAAGUGUGGAAGAGAAAAGAUCAACUAGAACAGUAUAGGACUACUGUUAAGAAUAACCCAAAGAUCAAGAAGGUUUGGAGAAUAAAGAAGUCACAAGGCAGCCAGAACCUUGAUCCACAAGCCGGAACAGAAAGCUCAAUGCAUAUGGUAAAGGUGGGUUUAAACCCGAGCUUGACCAGAUUAGCGGUGGUUAAAACGAGAUAA